AGAGUGUAGGCAGUGCGCGGUGUGCGCGCUAAUUUGGACUACAGGAGCUGAACGGCUGACAGGGUCGUGUUUUCAGAGAUGUCUCUGUGGUGAAUGAGGUCUGAGGCGUUAUGGCGGGAGUGAUUCGGAGGCUCGAUGAAACCGUGGUGAACCGUAUUGCAGCGGGUGAAGUCAUUCAGCGACCUGCUAAUGCUAUCAAAGAAAUGAUAGAGAACUGUCUGGAUGCCAAGUCCACCAACAUCCAGGUUACUGUCAAGGAGGGAGGAUUAAAGUUGAUCCAGAUUCAGGACAAUGGCACUGGAAUUAGGAAAGAAGACCUGGAAAUUGUUUGUGAGCGGUUUACAACAAGCAAGCUUCAGACUUUUGAGGACCUCACAUCUAUUUCCACAUAUGGGUUCAGAGGAGAGGCUCUUGCCAGCAUAAGUCAUGUAGCCCAUGUCACGAUUACCACGAAAACAGCUGACGGAAAAUGCGCCUACCGAGCUAAUUACUGUGAUGGGAAACUGAAAGCUCCAUCAAAACCUUGUGCUGGAAACCAAGGGACACUUAUCUCUGUUGAAGACCUUUUCUAUAAUGUCCCCACUCGAAGGAAAGCCCUAAAAAGCCCCAGUGAAGAAUACUCAAGGAUUGUGGAGGUAGUGAGUAGAUAUGCUAUUCACAAUUCUGGGAAAAGCUUUACAGUAAAGAAGCAAGGAGAGAUGGUAGCCGAUGUGAAGACUCUACCCAAUGCCUCAGUUUUAGACAACAUUCGAGUGGUGUUUGGAGUGGCUGUGAGCAGGGAGUUGAUCGAAGUUGGAUGUGAAGAUCAAAAGCUUGCCUUUAAACUGCAGGGAUACAUUUCCAAUGCAAACUACUCAGUGAAGAAGUGUAUCCUCAUCCUCUUCAUUAACCAUCGUUUGGUGGAAUCCAGUGCCCUGAAGAAAGCUAUUGAAACUGUCUACACAGCGUAUCUUCCCAAGAACACACAUCCUUUCCUUUAUCUCAGCCUGGAAAUCGCUCCUCAUAACAUUGAUGUGAAUGUGCACCCCACCAAGCAUGAAGUGCACUUCCUCCAUGAAGACUGCAUCAUUGAAAGCAUUCAGAAACACAUUGAGAGUAAACUCCUUGGCUCAAAUUCCUCACGGACGUAUUUCACACAGACUUUACUUCCAGGACUAUCAGCCUCUGUUAGUGAUGUCAAAGCCUCAAAUAGCUCAUCAGCAGACCCCAGUGAGCGAGUCUAUGCCCAUCAGAUGGUUCGUACUGACAGUAAGGCCCAAAAGCUGGAUGCUUUUUUGCAGCCAGUGAGUAAGCCUUCUUUAGUUCCCAAGCCUGCCAGCCCCCCAGCUCCAGCCCAGGCUACUGCUGAGGUGGAUGAUGCAGAAAUGGGGGAUGCUGUGGAUAGUUUGGAACCCGGCGCCUCAAAAGACCUGGAGCUUGACAGUGGACAUGUCCAGUCAGAGACACCACCCAGAAAACGGCCUCACAUUGAGGAGGACGGGGAUGACCACACAGCAGCCUGCACGCGCAAGGAGAACAAAGAUGACCUCACAGCAGCCAGCACACCCAGGAGACGGGUCAUCAAGCUGACCAGUGUGAAAGAGCUGCGAAAUGAGAUUACUGAGCAAACUCACAACGGUCUGCAGGAGAUGUUGCAGAAUCAUUCAUUUGUUGGAUGUGUCAAUCCCCAGUGGACCCUCGUCCAACACCACACCAAACUGUACCUACUGAACGCAACUAAACUCAGCCAGGAGCUCUUUUACCAGAUCUUAAUAUAUGAUUUUGGCAACUUCGGCGUCCUGCGAUUGUCAAGCCCAGCCCCUCUCUAUGACUUGGCCAUGCUGGCACUGGACUCUGAGGAGAGCGGAUGGACGGAGGAGGACGGGCCUAAGGAAGGACUCGCUCAGUACAUCGUAGAUUUCUUAAAGAAAAAAUCUGAAAUGUUGGAGGAUUAUUUUUCCAUGGAGAUCGAUGAGGAAGGGAACUUGACUGCUCUUCCUCUUCUGCUCGACAACUACACUCCUGCCAUGGAAGGACUACCACUGUUCAUCCUGCGCUUAGCCACAGAGGUGAACUGGGACAAUGAGAGGGAGUGUUUCCGGGACUUCAGUAAAGAGUGCAGCCAAUUCUACUCCAUAAGAAAACAGUACACAGUGGAGACUGAGGAUGCAGACUCUCCGGACGCAGAGCCGAGCUGGCAGUGGAAGGUUGAACAUGUUCUCUUCAAAGCAUUGCGCUCCCUCCUGAGCCCUCCAAAACACUUCAGUGAAGACGGCAGUGUCCUCCAAAUUGCCAACCUGCCUGACCUCUACAAAGUGUUUGAGCGAUGCUGAACCCACACUGUCACCCUGAGUAGAUUAUUAAUGUCACACUGGGCGUUUCAUGACAUUGAGAUUCAUGACUGUCCAGUAGUUUGUCCUCAGCCAGUAUUCUGAGAUCUUUUUGAAAGUUAGUAUUUGUAUAUGGAAGUUUUCACUUUAAACAUGUUUAAUACAAAUAAAUAU